CAUGCGCCGGGCGGGCGGCGCUCUGCGUGCCGAAUGUCCGGGCUGCGGACGCUGCUGGGUUUCGGGUUGCUGGUUGCAGGCUCGCGCCUGCCCCGGAUCGCAAGCCGGCAGAGUGUAUGCCGUGCAAGGCCUGCCCGGUGGGGGACGCAGCUCCGGGGCUCGGAGACCAUGGCGAGCGCCGCGGUGAAGUACCUGAGUCAGGAGGAGGCGCGGGCUGUGGACGAGGAGCUAUUUAACGAAUACCAGUUCAGCGUGGAUCAACUCAUGGAGCUGGCAGGCCUGAGCUGUGCCACGGCCAUUGCCAAGGCUUAUCCUCCCACGUCCAUGUCCAAGAGUACCCCGACCGUCUUGGUCAUCUGUGGCCCCGGGAAUAACGGAGGGGACGGCCUGGUUUGCGCACGACACCUCAAACUUUUUGGUUACCAGCCAACUAUCUAUUACCCCAAAAGACCUAACAAGCCACUCUUCACUGGGCUAGUGACUCAGUGUCAGAAAAUGGACAUUCCUUUCCUGAGUGAAAUGCCCCCAGAGCCCAUGAUGGUUGAUGAGCUGUAUGAGCUGGUGGUGGAUGCCAUCUUUGGCUUCAGCUUCAAGGGUGAUGUUCGGGAGCCAUUCCACAGCAUCCUGAGUGUCUUGAGUGGACUUACUGUGCCCAUUGCUAGCAUCGACAUUCCCUCAGGAUGGGAUGUAGAGAAGGGAAACCCUGGAGGAAUCCAACCAGACUUACUCAUCUCAUUGACGGCACCCAAGAAGUCUGCAGCACAUUUUACUGGCCGGUAUCAUUACCUGGGGGGUCGUUUUGUACCACCUGCUCUAGAAAAGAAGUACCAGCUGAACCUGCCAUCCUACCCUGAGACAGAGUGUGUCUACCGUCUACAGUAAGGGAGGUGGGUGGGUGACUUUCUAAUAAAGACUUGGUACCUCCUCUCUUCAAA